GAAAAAUUAAAAGUGAAUUAAAAUGUCCACUAGGACUCCUUUGCCUACGGUGAUUGAGCGAGACACUGAAAACCACACAUCUCAUGGAGAUGGACGUCAAGAAGUUAUCUCUCGAACUGGGCGCUCUGGAGCUCGCUGUAGAAACUCUGUAGCUUCCUGUGCAGAUGAACAACCCCAUAUUGGAAACUACAGACUUCUGAAAACAAUUGGCAAGGGAAAUUUUGCCAAAGUGAAACUGGCAAGACAUAUCCUUACAGGCAGAGAAGUUGCUAUAAAAAUAAUUGAUAAGACUCAGUUGAACCCAACAAGUCUGCAGAAGCUCUUCAGAGAAGUAAGAAUAAUGAAGAUUUUAAACCAUCCAAACAUAGUUAAGUUAUUUGAAGUAAUUGAAACUGAAAAAACACUGUACUUAAUCAUGGAGUAUGCAAGUGGAGGUGAAGUGUUUGACUAUUUGGUUGCACAUGGAAGAAUGAAGGAAAAGGAGGCCAGAGCUAAGUUUAGACAGAUAGUAUCAGCCGUGCAGUACUGUCACCAAAAGCACAUUGUUCACAGGGAUCUUAAAGCUGAAAAUCUAUUGCUAGAUGCUGAUAUGAACAUUAAAAUAGCAGACUUCGGUUUUAGUAAUGAAUUUACUGUUGGAAAUAAACUGGAUACAUUUUGUGGCAGUCCUCCUUAUGCAGCUCCAGAACUCUUCCAGGGCAAAAAAUAUGAUGGACCCGAAGUGGAUGUUUGGAGUUUAGGUGUUAUUCUUUACACUCUUGUGAGUGGUUCUCUUCCUUUUGAUGGACAAAACCUAAAGGAACUGAGAGAGAGAGUAUUAAGAGGAAAAUACAGAAUCCCUUUCUACAUGUCCACGGAUUGUGAAAAUCUCCUCAAACGUUUCCUGGUGCUAAAUCCAACGAAAAGAGGCACAUUAGAGCAAAUCAUGAAGGACAGGUGGAUCAAUGCAGGGCAUGAGGAAGAUGAACUCAAACCAUUUGUAGAACCAGAACUAGACAUCUCAGACCAGAAAAGAAUAGAUAUAAUGGUCGGAAUGGGAUAUUCACAAGAAGAAAUUCAAGAAUCUCUUAGCAAAAUGAAAUAUGAUGAAAUCACAGCCACAUAUUUAUUGUUGGGCAGAAAAUCUUCAGAGCUGGAUGCUAGUGAUUCAAGUUCCAGCAGCAAUCUUUCACUUGCUAAGGUUAGGCCAAGCAGUGAUCUUAAUAAUAGCACUGGACAAUCUCCUCAUCACAAAGUCCAAAGAAGUAUUUCUUCAAGCCAGAAGCAAAGACGAUACAGUGAUCAUGCUGGACCAUCCAUUCCUCCAGUUGUGGCAUAUCCCAAGAGAAGUCAGACCAGCACGACAGAUAAUGACCUCAAGGAAGAAGGAAUUCAGCCAAGGAAAUCCAGCAGUAGUGCUGUGGGAGGAAAGGGAUUAGCACCAGCUAGUCCCAUGCUAGGGAAUGCAAAUAAUCCAAAUAAGGCUGAUAUUCCUGAACGGAAGAAAAGUGCCACUAUUCCUAGCAAUAAUUCAACAUCUGGUGGGAUGACACGGCGAAAUACUUACGUUUGUAGUGAAAGAACUACUGCAGAUAGACAUUCAGUGAUUCAGAAUGGCAAAGAAAACAGCACUGUUCCUGAUCAGAGAACACCAGUUGCUUCAACUCAUAGUAUCAGCAGUGCAACUACUCCUGAUCGAAUUCGCUUCCCAAGAGGAACUGCCAGUCGUAGCACUUUCCAUGGCCAACCCCGUGAGCGGCGAACAGCAACUUACAAUGGCCCACCAGCAUCACCCAGCUUGUCACAUGAGGCGACUCCACUUUCCCAGACCAGAAGUAGGGGAUCUUCUAAUCUUUUUAGCAAAUUAACAUCAAAACUCACAAGAAGAAACAUGUCAUUCAGGUUUAUCAAAAGGCUCCCAACUGAAUAUGAGAGGAACGGGAGAUAUGAGGGCUCAAGUCGCAACGUGUCAGCCGAGCACAAGGAUGAAAACAAGGAGGCAAAGCCCCGCUCCCUGCGGUUUACCUGGAGCAUGAAAACCACCAGUUCCAUGGAUCCCAAUGACAUGAUGAGGGAAAUUCGAAAAGUCUUGGAUGCCAAUAACUGUGACUAUGAACAGAGAGAGAGGUUCUUGCUCUUUUGUGUCCACGGAGAUGGGCAUGCAGAAAACCUUGUACAGUGGGAAAUGGAGGUGUGCAAACUGCCAAGACUGUCGCUGAAUGGAGUCCGCUUCAAGCGGAUAUCAGGAACAUCCAUAGCUUUUAAAAACAUUGCUUCCAAAAUUGCCAAUGAGUUAAAGCUGUAACAAAGUAAUUAUGAUGUAAAUUAAGUACCAAUUUCAAGUGUUUUCCUGAACACUGAUGGAAAUGUAUAGAAUAAUAUUUAGGCAAUAACUUCUGCAUCUUCAGAAUCAUGGUAUUAAAAAUAUAUAUAUAUGAAAAUGAGCUGCUCAGCCAGGAGAAAGAGUUGGACUUUUUUUUUUCUAAGUGCACUGCAGCAUUAAAGUUGCCUACUCUGUAAAAUAUUUACCCCAUCAUUUUAUUUUCAUUGUUCUAAGGUCUCUUAACAGUCUACAGAAUAUAUCCAUUUAAAUAUGCCUCCCAUUUGUGUGGCUGUGAGAGUGUAUAGUAUGUGUGUAUAGUAUAUAAGUUUAAAGUAUUAUAUAUGUAAACAAAUCCUUACACCAACAUCCCAAGCUGUACCAAUACCUCUUUGGAAGAUCAUUUUGGUGCUAAAAAUGGAUAUAGCCAAGGAGGAAAUUUUCACUUAAUAUAAAAAUCAACAUAGGAAUAGUUACAAUUAGUGCGGGUUUACAGUUUGCUACUGUGGGGUUUUCUUUUUUUCUUUUAAAAAAAAGUGCAAAGGGUUUGAAUUUACAGUUGUGAACAUUGCGCAUUUGUUGUUUUUUUUCUUCCCAAGUAGAUCUCAUGAGAUCAUUAAAAAAUCACUUUUCCUCAAU